GUGUACAGUAUGUGUGAACUGCCGUGUGGGUGUCACAUGUAAAUAAAAAGCAAUAAUUCUGAUUAACCUGUGAUUUAGUAAGUGUUCAUGGCGUCCAAAACGCCUUUCACUGAUUCUGACACCGCUGAUGAAGCUGUCAGAGCAACAUGCGACGACGCGUCGACAUGCAAAAGGUUUGCAACAAGUAAAGGAUACUGGACCGACCCUUACAUACAGUAUUUUGUGCGUCAGACAGGUGAACGCAAGGCACCUGAGAUUAACCGAGGCUAUUAUGCCCGUGUCCAAGGAGUGAACCACCUGCUUGAUGCAUUUCUUAAAAAGACUCAGUGUGACUGCCAGGUGGUGAAUCUUGGCGCAGGACUGGACACCACUUUCUGGAGACUGAAGGCUGAGAAUGCUUUGCCGAAAAAGUACUUUGAAGUUGACUUCCCUAUGAUUGUUGCCAGGAAGAUACACCAUAUCAAGACAAAACCUCCUUUGUCAAAGCCCUUGAUUGAGACCCAUUCAGCUGAUUCACUCUUAUUAGAUGGUCACAACCUGGACUCAGACAGAUACUGUAUCAUAGGUGCUGACCUCCGAGACCUGCCAGGUUUAGAGGAAAAACUCAGAAAAUUCAACAUAAAUACAGAAUUGCCAACGUUCUUUGUUUCUGAAUGUGUGCUGGUGUACAUGACCCCAGAGCAAUCAUCCAAACUGGUGCACUGGGUUGCACACACCUUCCAUACUGCCAUGUUCAUCAACUAUGAGCAGGUGAACAUGGCUGACCGCUUUGGGCAGGUCAUGAUUGAGAAUCUGCAGAGACGGCAGUGUAAUCUGGCUGGAGUGGAUGUGUGCCAGUCAUUGGAUUCUCAGAAAGAACGCUUCCUGUCUACAGGAUGGGAGAGUGUGAAUGCACUGGAUAUGAUGGCAGUCUAUAGCCUGCUUCCUCAGGAAGACAUAAGCAGGAUUGAACGACUGGAGUUUUUAGAUGAAAAAGAGCUGCUCCAGCAGCUUCUUCAGCACUACAGUAUCUGCUGGGCAGUGAAGGAUACACUCAGUCUAGGCAUUUCACAAAUUGGGUUUUAAGUUUCACUGCGACUUGUUGGGAGGACUGGAAGCCUUUGUGCCAAGGUCAGGAUGAAUUGGAGGAAGUCAUUUCAACUUAUUUUUCCCUUUGUGACGUCAAUAAAAUAAAUGAUGAGACCAA